AUGCUGGUGUACGCGAGGAACUCACCGCGUGCUGUCUACCUUUUUGUAAUGUCUACACUCUUUGAGAAGGCUAAAACUAUUUGAGAAGCCCUUUUUUAGUUUCGUAAGUUAUGAGAUAUCCAUCCAAUGACUUUUCAGCGUCUCAUGCGUUUGUUUUGGCUCAUUUUGAGCACUCUCAUUCCGAGUUCUAUCGCUUUGAAUGUCUUGUUCUACAUUGCUGCGAUUGGGAAAAGCCAUUUGGACUUCACAGACUCGCUAAUCGACACAUUGGUUGAGAGAGGACACACGGUCGUCAGUUGACUUUUUCAAAACUUCGAAAAGUGUUUGGAUUGUUAGGAUCUUCUGAUUGGACGUUUCAACUCUUUGGUUACAUCGAACGGGAAAAGCAAGGCAGCACGAGUUUUCUCUUUUGGAUUCAAAGGAGUGAGUCCUUGGGUAAAAUCGACGCACUUGACUGAUCCAUUCGCGCCGUCUCCACAGCCAAUCAACGAUUACAAGUUCUUCCUCAACGUCAGCCACGGCCUUUGCGAAGGUGCCAUCGCCUGAGAAACAAUAGGUGUACAAGUAUUGCAGUUGCUUUCUCGAAAGAUGGCCCGACAGAGUUCAUCUCUCAAAGGAAGUACGACAUCGCCAUCGGCUCUGACUACGACUUCUGCGGCUUCGCGUUGUUCCGAAAAGCGAAUAUUCCGUCAACGGCCUCCUUCACGUCAACCGCGAUGCUACCGCUCCAAGCUAUCAACCUCGGACUCCCCAGUACUGCUUCUUCAAACAUGUGUGAGUUGGAAGUUGGUCGGGCUCCCAUCAGAGAACUUCAGUUUUGAUGUUUCCGGAGAACCUUGAAAACCUGGUGAGCCGGACUAGAAAUCUGCUUCGCUGGGCGGCGGCAAACUACAUCCAUCACUGGGCGUUUGUCAACGAUCAUGUUGGUUUUUCUAUAAAAACAAAAAGAUCUUUCGGAGUAACGGCGAUUCCAAAUACUUUCAGACAAAACUUGCGCGAGCCGCGUAUGGAGAGGACUUCGAAGACGGAGAUCACCUGGCGAGAGAUCUCGACGUCAUGUUCAUCAACGCCAACGAGAUCCUGGAAAGACCAAGACCCAUUUCUCACAAGGUCCAGUACAUCGGCGGCGUCAAUCUCCGACCUGCCCAACCCAUUACCGAGGUUUUCUUUUUCGCAGUUUUCUUUUCAGCAAAUCGAAAUAUUCCAGGAAUAUGAGAAGAUCCUUUCCUUGAGACCUCGCGGAACUGUUCUAUUCUGUUUCGGAACUCAGGUAAGUAUUAAACUAUUCAAAUUUCCCAGAUCUGAAGCAGGUGCCAGGCAGGGCUUUUCCCCGGCAAGUCAAAGAGAACCUGGUGAAGGCUUUCGCUCAGUUCCCGGAGUACACAUUCAUCUGGAAGUACGAGAAACAGCCAGGAGAUGAAGUUCUUUUUGAGAAUUCCCACAAUCUUCACUUGGUUGAUUGGCUUCCGCAGAAUGACUUGCUCAGUUAGAACCGAAAUCUUCUCCAACAGCCAUUUCCGAUUUCAGAUGACAAGCGUGUAGUGGCGUUCAUUUCACACAUGGGUCUGAACUCUUUCCUGGAAGCUUCCUAUGCUGGAGUUCCUAUCCUGGCCAUUCCUAUGUUCGCUGAUCAGCCUUACAACGCCAUUUCAGGUGUGAAAGUGAGGAAAUCGUCGCAAAAAAGUUUGCAGCAAAGUCCCGAGGAACGACCGUGGUCCUUGACAAGACCAAACUAACGACCAAGAAGAUUGUCAAAGCCUUGAAAGCGGUGCUAGAAGACGAAAAGUGAGAAAAGCCGCAAAAUACUCAGAAAAGAAAGAAGUUUGACAGGUACCGCGAAAAUGCGAGAAAAGUUCGAAAAAUGUUACUGGAAAAGCCAAAUCAGCCGAAAGAUGUUUUCAUAAAAUGGGUGGAAUUCGCGGCAGCAAAUCCUGGCCUUCACAAGGGGAGUUCUUUAUUUGAAAAUGAUGAAUUAUGCCAGAAUAAGGCUUACUCGAUUUUUAUAUUUUUUGGAAGAAUGAAUGUGUUUCAGAUGCUUAAUCUGCCAGGACGGGACCUCGAUCCAAUCCGCUACUAUUGCGUAGAUGUUAUAUUUCUGUUCUUUUCCAUUUCAGCGUUAACUGUUUUCGUUCUCUACAAAGUGACAAAAGCAGUCUUACGGGUUUCUAUCCGAUCGCCAGCAAAACAAAAGAAAAAUUAG